UCUACCUCCCCUAAAGCAGGAGAAUGAAUAGGUGACUAAAGAGUAUAGACUCAGGUUGUGCGUACAGUGAGGCUAUGAAAGUGACUGCCCUCUCCCCACCCAAGGUCCCAACGCCCGGCAGGACCUCUAUGACCUCAUGCUGUAGUAGGUCAGAGUCCAGGGCCUGGGGCCUCAUCUCCAUGGGCAGCUUGGGGUUUCUGCAGCAGCUACUGCCCUACCUAACCCCUCCCACACCCCAUCAUGUUGGUUGGUACCCCUCACCUGCUGACACUGGAUGAAGCUGAUGCUACCUGGACCCUCAUCAAAGAUAAGGUAACAGAGGAGCGCUUUGGGCCCAAUGUAGUGGCAGUACCUUUCCUGUCAGAUGCAGCCUGCUUUGACCUACUGGGUGUGCUAGUGAAACAGUCCCGCCCAGCGCACACCCGCCUGGCUCUGCCAGGUCGGCAGGGCCGGCGGGCACUACAACCAGUGGGGCCACUACCGAACCUCCUGGAGCAGGCAGGCUCUGAAGGUGCCUUUGCCCACUGCACUAGAGAAUACUCACCAAAUGGCCGGGCAGAGACAGCCUAUGAAGAAAUGCGACUGUUGGAUGGGCAGCCCUGCCGGAUCCGCUUACAUAUGGGUGGCCUGCGCAAGAAGGUGGCCUUCCUGCUGCUGCCACCGGGGCAGGUGAGCCUACAGCAGACUCUUCCCUGGCUCCGAAGCACCCACAGCAUCUACGUCAUCUACCAGGUCUUCUCCUGCUCCUGGCUACAGCUGGGGCUGCUGCCUACAGCCCGUGAGCCCCAACUGCUCUGGUUACAGCGGUCACUGCCUAUUGCCUUCUCCUGCCUCAAGUUUUCACUGCAGCCCAAGGGAGUGCUGGGACCACAGAAGCCCCUGAUCAAAGACCCACUGCCCCAUGGGGCCAGUUGGGUCAGACCCGACCUCAGCAUCAUGCCACCUCCGGCGCCCACGUCAGGCCCUGCUGAUGUGCCCGAAGCUGCUGAUGUGCCCUCACCUGGACCAGCCCCACCUUCACCACCUCCCCAGGAAGGGCCAGAGGGCAGACCACCCAGAUUCUCCUACAAGGGCCGAAACCCCUUCCGAAGGGGGCCCCAGAUGCUGUCAGAGAACUGGCUCUUCAGCCCCCGAAGCCCCGCACCAGGAGCCCAGGGUGGGGGCCCCGGGGACCCCGAGCGGCACUCCAUGUCCCUGCCCCUGCUGCAGGGUCUGUCCUCGGAGUUCGACAGCGACGAAUGAAGCUGAGGAGAGAGAUGCAGGGGGCCAGGCCCCCAAGAUCUGACAUAGGGAUACUGGUCCCCAAUAAACAUCAGCUGCUGCUCCCCCAAACCAUCCUGGGCCCAUGGUGCU